GCGUAUACACGCAUGCGCGGACAAAGUAUGAAAAACAUUUACAAAACCAACCUAUAAAAGACACCUACGUGCAAAAAAGCGCUUGCAAAUAGAAACGUACAUACUUAUGUAAAUACGUGCAGCCGACAGCCUACAGGCAACUUGUGUGCACCUGAGACAAUAUUUAAAAAUAAUCCAAAUAAAAAUCAGCACAUUGGCACGCGAUUUUGGGUGCGAGACUUCAGCUGUCAUGCUUGAAUUUCUAUUAAACACCGCUAAGUGAUUGUGGCUAAUGAAUAAAUGAAAAAUUUGAACGUUUAAAGGCGAAAAAAGAGAAAAACACCGAAAAUAUUCGAAAAACGUAUACAAUUUCAUAGACGAACGUUUGUGAAUUUUCCACUUGAGCGCCUCACACAGCCAGCCAUACACACAUAUACAUAUGUGCAUACAUACGCGCGCGCAUUCGCCAGCCAAACAAGACAACGCGCCGCUGCAACUUGUGCCACAGUGAUCAAUCAGCAGCAGCCGCAACAGCAGUCGUCGUCGAUAAGCGGCAAUCGCAAACGCGUCCAGUGAAAACUCAGUUGCGCAUUUUCCACAUAAAUUUUUUACCGUUGUUUUAGCAAGUUUUGCUUUUUAAUUGCCAGCGCUUUGUUGGGCGCGCAAACGUGUGAGUAAGCGUGAGAAAGCGCGUAGUGUUUUAGUUUCCAACGGCAGCCAGUCGCUAGUCACUGACAUAGAUUCGGUGUUGCCGGUAAAGCAAACAUUCACAAGAUCAUUGUCGAACGCAACAAAUAAUAGUUAGUGUAUGAAUUUAGCUAAACGCACACGAGCAGUAGAAAGUGAAAGGAAGAUGCACCUAUUCGUGUCCUGUCUAGUGUUGAUCAGUGUGGUGUUGCAUUGUGGGCUGGCGGCAAGUGCUUCCACUGUGGGGCUCUAUGCACCAGAUCGCUAUGAUGGCAUACCGGAAACAUGUCUCUUGCCCAUGGACUUUGGCUACUGUCGGGCCAAAGUGAAGCGCUACUAUUUCGAUAUGCGUCGCAUGAAGUGCGCCAUGUUCUACUUUGGCGGCUGUGCGGGCAACGUCAACAACUUCAAAUCGUUGGAGGAAUGCAAUCGCGUAUGCCUGGACGGUUAUGGUGAUUAUGACAGCCCGAAUGAUGUGGUAGCCGUCAACAAGGCAAGCGGACGUGAUUACCGCGGUCGCGGCACUGUGAACAGCAACAGCAACAGCAACAGCAAUAACAAAAACAACAAUUCUGGCAGUAGCAUUAGCAGCAGCAGUCGUGGCGUCAUCAGCAAUGUCGGUGGCAUUAAGAACAACACGUCCGCAACCAGUUAUGGUGGCAGUGUUGGCGCUCUUGAUGCCAGCUAUAAGAACAGCUACAACAAGUACAACAGCAACACAUACAACACCAACACCAACAUCGGCAGCAAUGUUAAUGGCAAUAACAGUGGCAUUAGCAGCAGCAGCGGCAGCGGCAGCGCCGCCGGCAGCGUUGUGAACAAUAACACAAAAAUCAUACGCAACCGAAGUGAUGACAAUCUCGAUGAAUAUGAUUACGAGGAGAAUUAAGUGUAUUACCAUAUUCGUUUGUGUUCAUAAUGGAAAUGAAAUACAAAGUAUGUAACUUCCUUCAUGCGCUACUGCCAAAUACUCGUAACCUACCUAUAACUAUUACUAUUACUAUUUUUUCUUUGUAUACAAAUUAUGUUAUUUAUGUUAU